AUGGUUCGAAAAGAUACAGCCGCCGUAGUUUGCGAAAUAUGUGGAGAUAAAUCAUAUGGAAGACAUUACGGAGUAUGGGCGUGUGAUGGAUGUAGUUGUUUCUUCAAGAGAAGUGUUCGAAAGAACAUCAUCUAUACUUGUAUAGCUGGAAAUUGGAGAUGUGUUGUGGAUAAAAGUAGGAGAAAUUGGUGUCCAGCGUGUCGAUUGGCAAAAUGUACAAAACUGAAUAUGAAUAGACUUGCGGUACAAAACGAACGAGGUCCUCGUAAACUUCGAUGUCUUCCGAUGCCGAGAAUCAAUCAUUUGAAUUCUUUUAAAUAUGACGUGACUUUUUCUAAGUCAGUUAUUUUGACAAGACAAUGCAUUCUUUUGAACUUCAUGACAUCUGAACAACGCAUGGAAGUUAUAGAAGAGAACUGUCAAUUCGUGUUUGCUCUUUUGAUUCUGCUCAGUGGAGAUGAAACGACGCUGCGAAAAUUUUCUGUAAGGUUCAUCCUUUUUUAUAUUUCGCCAAAUCAGUUAUUUGAGAAGAACAAAAACAUUCCGGAACGAGUACAAAGUGACGCUGAGCAGUUGAGACUCUUGGUUUGUAUUCUACUUUCUCAAUCUAAAUCAUCUCUUCUGAAGUUUGCUGCUCCACUGGCAAAUUUCUACAAAUUUUGUCUUUUUCACUAUUGUUAUCAAAAUGAUUCUGUCGCAUCUGCUUCUGUUCUCAUUUCUGCAGCCACUUGGCUUCACGAAAAUGAUUCUUGGGAUUUAUCCAGCCUACUUCGGAGCUCACCAGAACAUUUAAUCACUGAAGUUAUGAGUUCGGCUGACAAACUCUGA